GCUGCUGCACUUUGCCGGUGUCGCAUGUUACUGCCAAUAAAGACCCGAAGCAGUUCCCGUCAGAACAGAUUUCCAGUGUUCAUCGGAUACACAGCUCACUGUCACGAGCUGAAGUGCGCUGUGCAAAGCCACUGGGUCCCGCACUACCUCGCCCCCCAUACCAGUACGCGCCAAAAUACAACUACAAGUGGACUGAGGUCCACUACGAAGCGAGCCGUGGAAACCUGGACAAGCUGCGCAUGCUCCUCUUCACCUUGGACAGAGAGCAGAUUGACAGGAGGGACUACUAUGGGAAAACGUCUCUGUACUGGGCAGCGUACAAGGGUCAGAGGGCAUCCAUAGAGUUACUUCUGAAGCACGGAGCAGAUGUUAACGCCCAGUGUAAACAUGGCAGUACCCCUCUGCAUGCCACAGUGGGGCUAUUUCCCGAGUGUGCUCUCAUUCUCAUACAGUAUGGGGCUGAUGUAGAUCUCCCAGAUGUCUGGGGGGUCACACCCAUGUACCAAGCAGCUUGCAGUGGUCAGGUGGAGUGCAUCCAUCUGCUGGUUAGGGCUGGAGCCAAGAUCAACUACAAGAACAAGAAGACGGGCGAAGCUCCAAAGCAGCUGUCCGUCAGACCUGCUCUGCUGAACUGGCUGGAGAGCCUGGUGCGAGAGCCACACUCUCUCCAGCACCUGUGUCGUCAGGUGGUCCGCCGUGCCCUGGGCCCGGCCCGCAUCUGGGCCCUGGGCUCCUUCCCACUACCUCCAGCUAUCAGGAACUACCUCAUGUUCCUGGAUCUGCAGAUCCCUGACAGUACAGGGCCGGGUCCUUCAGAAGAUCAGGCCUUUGGGCACAGAGAACAAAUCACCACCUGACGAGAACAUUCAUCACUAAAACUUUUUCUACAAAAUGAAAAUGCUUUUUGAUUGUUGGAGUCAUUGAGUCUGAUGUGGACCCAACAGUGGAGGUGCUGUUGGCAUGAACUGGGCUUAAAUUUUUUGAACUCGCCAUUGAAUUUGUGAAUUUGUAAAAAAAAAAUAGUGUCUGAGGAACGAUUACUGAGAAAUAUAUUUCUACAAAGUA